AUGCAGUCUGUCCUGCAUCCCAUCAUCGGGCCCAAGAAGGAGAUACACGAUCUCAACGGCAGAGUCGCACUGAUCACGGGUGGCGCGCUAGGCAUAGGCUAUGAGAUCGCCCGCGCCUUCGUUCUCAAUGGCGCCCGUGUGAUCAUGGUCAACCGCAAGGAAGACCAAGGCGAGGACGCCAUCAAGAAGAUCAAGGACGAAGCCGGCCAAGACGCCCGAAUCGAGUGGGUCGGGUGCGACAUGGGAAACCUCAAGCAGAUCAAGGAGGUCUUCACAGGAAUCCGAGAGCGCGAAGAGCGCCUCGAUCUCGUAUGGCCACCUCCCCCUUCUCCACCUCCUCAUCUCAUCCUAUCCGCCGGCAUCAACGCCAACCAGUACGGGGAGACGUCCGACGGCAUCGACCGUCACUUCCAGAUCAACUGGCUCGGGCAGUUCUACGUGUGCAAUCAACUCUACCCCUUAAUCCGCAAGACGUCCAAAAUGCCCGACACCCCAGCCCCGCGCAUCGUGUGGGAGGCUUCGGAGCAGCACCGUGCCGCGCCUUCGGUCGUGCAUUUCGGGUCCAUGGACGAGAUCAAUAACCCGGAAAUCGGAAAUCUCGAGGUCUACGGCCGGACGAAGCUGGCCAUCAUCCUCGGUGUCAAGUAUGGCCUCGUGGACCGGGUCAUCAAGCCGAACGGUGACAACGUCUAUGUGCUCUCCGUCCACCCCGGCGCUGUCAACACGGCGAUGCAGCAGCAAUGGAAGGACGCGUACCCCGGGCUCUUCGGCAAGAUCGUCUCGGCCGCCAUGUUAGCCGCCGGACGCGAUAUCGAGCAAGGUUCGUACAGCGCCCUGUACGCAGCGACCAGUCCGGAGGUCGAGGAGAAGGGCUGGAAUGGCUACUACUUCUCCGAUCCUGGCCAGCCCGGGAAGGAGUCGGCGCAGGCCUCGGACCCUACCCUGGGGGCUGCACUCUGGGAGCUCAGCCAGCGGGUCAUCAAUGAGAAGGUUGGGGACGAUGCGUUGACGGACUGGGAUGCUGGUCGUGCUUAA